GAAAGACAUCGUUAACGUUACGAAGCAUGGCCAGCGCUAAAGCGCUAAAUGUUGAGUCCCGAUUGGCUUGAUUAUUCUCGGCAUUUCCCGUCGUCAUCCUCGUCCCGUAAUCUUGUUCCUGCAUGGGAUUUCUUUCAUGUAAUGGUGAGGAAGCUGAAUGUUCUGAUGUUUUUGAAACGAUCAGAAGCCCUUUCAAGUGAAAUCCCACUUUCUUCCACUCUUUUCACAGGAAACGUGCUGUACAUAUCUCAACUUCGGGUCGACUUCACCAAAAAAAACACUUUUUGAAGGUGAUCCGCAAAUUUUUGUAAUGACAAAUUGGUAUUCAAGCCGCCAUUUCUAUUGCGGUCCCCUUGCGUGCCCUUGAAGAAUGCCCCUCCUCACCUUCCUUCGAAGUUAUCGCCAAUCGGUUGCGCAUACCAGUCGAGCUAAUCUCGCUCAGUCAACUGAGAUAGUCCGCUGCUGUCGUACUAUCAUUCAAGAAGUACAUUCAACGGAAUUUUUUGCUGACAAGAAUUAUGGCUCAGUCCAGAGGGUUCUAAUCCAGGCACAGAAAACGCUGGAAGCAGCAAGUGCCAAUUCAGGCGUCUGUGAGGCGUUCAAGGAAGCCACAAGCUCCAUCCUCGAAGUGAGUCAAAUCUUGCAGCUCGAUGAAGGCCUUCUUGGUAACAUUGAAGAACGUAUGAACAACGCAAAAAAUAAGGAUAAGCAUGUUGAAGGUCAGAAAUCUUUGCGCUUACACAAACACCUAAAACGUUUGGCAUGCUCCUCAGCUGAUAAAUCUCCGUCAAUGAACAUUGACAUCAGAGUACGGAAGGAUAUCGACGAUGAGUCUAAGCAAGAGAUUAUCGAAGUCCGAGGCAAAGGCAGCGAUACGUUGGACAUUGUCCUAUUGUCUAUGAAGCUGAACAAGAGUCCUAGAAUGUGGCAAAAUCUCCAUUUCUACGAUCGGAUGUUGCCCGGGGCCAUAAAAGAAUUAGUCACCCAGAGAAAAGAUCGUCUAGAGCCUCUUCCUUUUGACCGUCCUCUUGCCAAAAUCUCACAGCCGUCAAAACGCCUGGUGCUCUACUGCCUUCAUGACCAUGAAUCUGGGAAUUAUAUUGUCCUCCGAAGUCCGUCACUAAGGUCGUUUACCAACCUCUGGGAAAUCACGGUGAAUAGCACAUUCGUCUGGAAAGACGUGUUCGGUUUUAUCGAAUGUGCCGAAAGGUCCAGAGAUGCACCCCAUGCCAGAGUAAAAAUCACCGAGAAACAGAUGCAGUCGGGGUAUGUACGUGAAGAAAAACAGAGCGCGUGGCCGGAAGUUCUCCGAGAGGUACACAAGUCUUUCGGAACAGCCUCAAAUGUUUGUUGGACAAUAGAGGCACCCUACUCUUCCCGAAUCCCUUCGAAGAUUACCAUGCCGGAACCCUGUGUUUCCCAAAGUACUGACAGCUUAUCUACGCUUGUCAGUAUAACACCGACCCUCGUUUCAACAGCACCUUCAGGCCCGGUCCUUUCCGUCGCAAAGAAAGGAAGUCGUAGUGAAAAGAAUACUCGUUCAUCAUGGUUCACGUCCUUGGUGUCGAAGUUUAAUGCAUCAGCUGUGUAGCUAUUUUUAACCCGGUUGUACCAUCAUGCAUGUGAUCGUGGCAUUCCGUAUAUGAUAUAUGUAUCCACUGGUAGUUGAUUUCUCC